AUGAAGGCAACAGGAGAUGUGUUAGAAAUCUGCGAGGACUCUGAUGUCGACAAUCAGGACCGUGAAGAUUCUGACGAUGGGGAUCUUGUCAAACAAAAAGUCACAUUACCCAUGUCCGACACAGUGACCUUUCACUCUGAGCCCUCGAAAAGUGCCAAACAGCGGAAGAAGAAACGUAUUAAGAAGCUGACAAAAAGCGAAUUGAGUGAGAGAAGGAAAUUGGCUGAAGAUAGGAAAUUGCUCGGACUUGUGAAACCUGAUUUGGCAACAAAUAAAGAGAAAGAGCGAUUACUAAAGAGAAUCGCUACUAAAGGCGUUGUUCAGUUGUUUAAUGCAGUUUCCGAGAGACAACAUAUAUUAGCCGAGGAACUGUCGAAGAAGAUGACUGCCAAGGAGCGAAGAGAAGCUGAAAAGCGUCUUCAAGGUUCCACAUUCCGAGUUUAUUCAGAAGAAACUAGGGAGGAAACCGUUAAGAGAGAGCCGGAAGUGGAUGACGAAGGGGAAUACAUUAAGAAAGAAGAAGUGGAGUAA